AUGGCUGGGAGGAUGUUGGAGGGAGCGGGGAAGGGGUAUAAGUACAUGACCUUUGUUGCCAUGGCUGGAGCGUCACUCGAAUGUUUGAAGCUACCGAUAAUGAAAGUGCUUAUGUUGGCUAUGCGAUCUUAUAGGUGUGGUUUGCUUGGUAGCCGAAUUAAUCUUUUCAAAUGUGUUCGGCGGUUGUAUUCGAAACACUCCGUAUCCUUACGUGGAGCUUCGGAUUCUCAAAUUGUCUUUGAGACCGGCCAUGUAGCUCGUUUUGCGAGCGGAGCUGUUGUCGUUUCCCAGGGCGACAAUGCAGUUUUAGCAACUGUUGUCGGUAAAAGGGGGACAGGAAGUAAUUCAGGGUUUGUUUCACUUUCCGUUGAUUUUCGACAGAGUGCAGCAGCUGUCGGUCGGAUACCGCUGAAUUAUUUACGUAGAGAGUUGAAGCGGUCGGAUGCCGAUAUCCUUAUUUCUCGAGCUAUUGAUCGAUCUUUACGACCACUUUUUGCAAAGGAAUUUGAUGGUGAAGCGCAGGUAAUUUGUAAACCACUGUCGCUAUCGGAUGAUGGAGACCCUCUAAUAUUAGGGCUGAAUGCUGCGUCGGCUGCUCUAGCAGUUUCAAAUGUGCCUUGGGAUGGGCCAGUUGCUGCGGUUCGUGUGGGACUCAUUGAUAAUCAGAUUAUUAUUAAUCCAAGUUUGGCAGACCUCAAGCAAUCUUCGUUGGAUAUGGUUGUAACAGGUGACAAGAGCGGAACUCGCGUUGUGAUGGUUGAAAUGGAUGGUGAUCAGCUGUCUCAAGAAGUGCUUUUAGAAUGUUUUCAAAUGGCACUGAACGAAAGUAAAAACAUUGCUGACAUGAUAACGAAAAUGGCUGAAGAGGAUGGGAAAGCAAAAUGGGAAGUAGAAGUUAUUGAACCAGAUGAAAUGAUGUGUGAAGAAAUCACUAGCCUAUGUAAAGAGCGGCUUUAUUAUAUUCUAACCGAUUCCAGGCAUGAUAAGUUUUCUCGUGACAAGAGUAUUUCUGACUUAGAAUUGGAAACGCUUGAAUUACUAGAAGAGAAGUAUGAAAGGAGUGAGAUGCGGCAGUUUUAUGCGUCGUUAGUUAAGAAAACUUUAAGGGAGAUAGUUCUUGAAACUAACAUUCGUUGUGAUGGCCGGAACUUGGAUGAUUUUCGUCCCGUCAAUAUUCGUGUGGAUGUUUAUAAAAAGUUGCAUGGUUCAGCGCUUUUUCAGCGCGGUCAAACUCAGGUCUUUGGUACAGUGACGUUCGACUCCCCUUCCGCAGCAUUUCAUCCCGAUUCUAUUUCCCAGCUUCUUGGUUCUCAGAGGAAGAAGAUGUUUAUGCUGCACUACGAGUUUCCUCCAUUUGCUACUAGUGAAAUUGACACCUCGAGAGGAGCAAACAGAAGAGAACUGGGGCACGGAGCUCUUGCAGAAAAGGCUCUGAAACGUCUUAUUCCGGAGCAGUUUCCGUAUUCCAUCCGGCUAGCUUGUCAAGUGCUGGAGUCCAACGGUUCGUCCUCAAUGGCAUCAGUGUGUGCUGGUAGUUUAGCUUUGUUAGAUGCUGGCGUGCCAUUAAAGUCAUCGGCUGGUGGGGUUGCUAUUGGCAUGAUUUCUGAUGAAAGUGGGGAGAAAAAUAAAAUUUUGACUGAUUUACUUGGGAUUGAAGAUUACGCUGGUGACAUGGAUUUCAAAAUUGCUGGUACCGCAAACGGUAUCACAGCUAUGCAAAUGGACUUGAAGGUGCCAGGCAUCUCUUUACAAAUUUUAAAAGAAGCGCUUCUUAAAGGGCAACGAGGAAUCGAGCAUAUGCUUACACUGAUGGGCGAGGUUCAGAGCUCACCAAGAGUUGAGUUCAAAAGUUCUGUACCAGUUGUUGAAACUAUGUCUUUGCCUUCUUUUAGACAACAUAUUCUCUUUCGAAGUGGAGGGUUCAAUGCUAAGCUUAUUGAUGCCGAGACCGGAGUAAAGAUGAGUAUUGAAGACGAGUCAACCAUUAGUCUCAUGGCCCCCAACAAGGGUAAGCUGCAAGUGGCAAAGAAAAUGAUGGAAAAGUUGUUUGAAGAGGGUGUUGAAAUUGAACUUGUAUUCGGUGCGCUUUACAAAGGCGAAAUUGUAGAAAUUUUAGAGAAUGGCGUUAUGGUCAGACUUAAGAAGGGAAUGAGGCCGAUUUUCAUGAGGAAUAGCAAUCUCGAUGUUCGUCAUGUGGCACAUGCUAGUGCUUUGAACCUGGAGGUCGGCUCUAUCAUCACUGUCCAGUAUUUAGGAAGAGACGCUCAUACUGGUCAGCAUCGCAUUUGCCGAAAAACGCUACAGUCCACAUCUAUGCCAAUGAAAAAUCUCAAUCGAUGA